AUGGAAACUUUUGACAUCAACAACAGCGGCACCUUUUGCGUCCGACCUGAGAAGACAAGAUACGUUCUGCCUAGGAAACUCUUAAUUCGCCACUCCGGACUGUUAAGACGGGAAUUGUUCGAAAACACCCAGGGACAAAGCCUUGAUCUAGAAGGCGUCUCCACUGAGGAGUUCGAUGUCUUCGUGUUCUGGCUGUACGAGAAGAAGCUACCUUCAUCAGCCCAAAGGAUUGACUCUUGGAUUACAUUCAAAAUGUACAUAUUCGCAGAUGUAUUCUCAGUGCCUGGCUUCAAAAACGCAUUGAUGGAUGCAGUUUUUCAUGAGCUUUCUUCGAGUUACAUGGACAACAUAACGGUCCGUAAGCUUUUUGAGGACCUUUCACAGAACGAUCCAUUGCUUCAGCUACUCGUCGAUUCAUUCUGUAUCAAUGGUGACAUCACCAAAAUGUCAGAAGAUGAUCUCGCCAGCAUUGAUAGCUUGCCAAAGCAAUAUCUGACUCGAGUCAUCCGCAAGCUUCACCAGCUAGGCCAACUGCCUGAGAAGGAAAAAAAACUAUAUCGUGCAGACUACAAUAUUUCAGCAUGUUUAUCGGAUCCGACUGAUGAGGGCAAAGAGUGA